AUGCCACUUCGUAGGAAGGAAGGCCACAGUCGCUUCGGCAAAGGCCAAGUGAACCAGCGCAUAACCAAGACGAAGACGAUCGGUGCCUCGGACCUACGAAGUACGGAACAGACCUCCCAGAGUGAACGUCUAGAAGCGACACGUUUGGCUCACAGCAUCGACGAGAAGCAGGGUUUCGAACGCUUCGAAGCCGGCAAGCCUCGAACGGGAUGGCUCAUGAAUAUGCACAGUACGACGCUUGAGGACUCAAAAGUGCCCGGCGGCAGAGCAGCGGUCGACUUUUACUUCAUCGACGAGGAUGGGCAGGGACGGUUCAAGGCCAGUGUGGAGUACGAUCCCUACUUCCUCCUCGCUGUGAAGAAGGGGAAGGAGGCGGAAGUGGAGGAGUGGGUGCGACGAGGGUUCGAGGGACUGGUGAAGAGUGUGGAGAGGGUGGAGAAGGAGGACCUGAAGAUGCCGAAUCAUUUGCUUGGGUAUCGCAGGACUUUCUUGAAGCUGGAAUUUGCGAACGUGAAUGAUUUACUGGCUGUGAGGAGGGGUGUUUCGCCGAUUGCUGAGAAGAACAAGAGCAAAGUCAGUGCUAUGGACACUUAUGCUGAGGUGGCUAGUGCGAACGCUGGAUUUGAUUUAUUUGACGAGGCACAUCUGGACGAGCGACGGCCGGCUGGAUUUGUCGAUGCUUCGGACUUCAUCCUGGAUAUCCGGGAGUACGAUGUGCCAUAUCAUGUGCGAGUAGCGAUUGAUAUGGACAUCAGAGUCGGGAAGUGGUACACCGUCAACGCAAAGCAUGGCAAGAUUUCGCUUUCCUGCAUUGAGGACCGACUAACUCGAGCUGACCCAAUUGUCAUGGCAUACGACAUCGAAACCACGAAACUACCUCUGAAAUUCCCGGAUGCGAGUAUCGAUCAGAUCAUGAUGAUAUCGUACAUGAUUGAUGGCCAAGGCUUCCUCAUCACGAAUCGCGAGAUUGUAAGUGAAGAUAUCCAGGACUUCGACUACACGCCCAAGCCAGAAUUCGACGGUCCAUUCCUCAUCUUCAACGAGUCGAACGAAGAAGCAGUAAUCGAGCGCUUCUUCGCCUGCAUCAAGGAAGCGAGACCGACAAUCAUAGUGACUUACAACGGAGACUUCUUCGAUUGGCCAUUUGUCGAAGCCAGGGCUAGUGUUCACGGCAUAGACAUGUACCAGGAGAUUGGCUUCCGGAAGAACAGCGAAGACAUCUAUCAGUCGACCCACUGCGCACAUAUGGAUGCUUUCGCUUGGGUCAAUCGUGAUUCGUACCUCCCACAAGGUUCGAGAGGUCUCAAGGCCGUUACUGUAGCUAAGUUGGGCUACGAUCCGGACGAGCUGGACCCGGAACUCAUGACUCCGUACGCUGCUGAGCGACCACAAACACUGGCCGAGUACUCUGUCUCCGAUGCUGUGGCCACUUACUAUUUGUACAUGAAAUAUGUGCAUCCCUUCAUCUUCUCGCUAUGUACGAUUAUUCCUCUUGGUCCGGACGAUGUGUUGCGCAAAGGCACCGGAACAUUGUGCGAGAUGUUAUUGAUGGUGCAGGCAUAUCAGAAGGAGAUUGUGCUACCCAACAAGCACGUCCAACCGCGCGAGGCCUUCUGGGAAGGACAUCUGCUGGAGUCGGAAACAUAUGUCGGUGGGCAUGUGGAGAGUAUUGAGGCCGGUGUUUUCCGAUCAGACAUACCCUGCAACUUCGCUAUCGACACAGCGGCCAUCGACGAGCUGCUCACCGACCUUGAUGCCGCGUUACAAUUCUCCAUCGUAGUCGAGGAGAAGAAGAAACUCGAGGACGUCACCAACUACGACGAAGUGAAAGCACAAAUCGCCGAACGCUUGAUGCAGCUCAAGACCACGCCCAACCGGCACGAGAAACCCUCCAUCUACCACUUGGACGUCGCCUCGAUGUACCCAAACAUCAUGACAACCAACCGUCUCCAACCCGACAGUAUGAUCGACGAGUCCGUUUGCGCAGCCUGUGACUUUAAUCGCCCGGGCAAAACCUGUGACCGCCGGAUGCCAUGGUCCUGGCGUGGAGAGUUCCUCCCUGCCGCACGAAACGAGUACAAUAUGAUCCGGCACGCUCUCGAGAACGAGAAAUUCCCGCCCAAAUACCCCAAUGGCCUGGCCCGAGCGUUCCAAGACUUGAGCCUAGAUGAGCAGACGGGGAUGGUGAAGAAGCGGUUGACGGAUUACAGCAAGAAGAUUUAUCAUAAGAUUCAUGAUGCUCGGACUCUUGAGAGAGAGGCGAUCAUCUGUCAGAGGGAGAAUCCGUUUUAUGUCGACACAGUCAAGGAUUUCCGAGAUCGAAGGUAUGAUUUCAAGGGCAAGCAGAAAGUCUGGAAAGGCAAGACGGCGGAGCUUGAGAAGGCCGGGGCGAGUUCGGGUGAGGUUGAAGAAGCGAAGAAGAUGAUUAUCCUCUUCGACUCCCUCCAGCUAGCCCACAAAGUCAUCCUCAACUCCUUCUACGGUUAUGUCAUGCGAAAAGGAAGUCGAUGGUACUCCAUGGAAAUGGCCGGUGUGACUUGCUUGACUGGAGCGCGAAUCAUCCAAAUGGCGCGACAGCUGGUCGAGCGGAUCGGACGACCCCUGGAGCUGGACACGGACGGAAUCUGGUGUAUUCUGCCCGCCACCUUUCCAGAGAACUUCAGCUUCACAAUGCAGAAUGGGAAGAAACUGACCAUCUCCUACCCUUGCGUGAUGUUGAACCAUCUGGUGCAUCAGCAGUUCACGAAUCACCAGUAUCAGACUCUCACAGAUCCGAGCACAUUUCAAUACCAGACCCAUAGUGACAAUACAAUCUUCUUCGAAGUCGACGGGCCUUACCGUGCCAUGAUCCUCCCGACUAGUAAAGAAGAAGACAAGAAUCUGAAGAAACGCUAUGCCGUCUUCAACCAUGACGGCACCCUUGCUGAGCUGAAGGGUUUCGAGAUCAAGCGCCGUGGUGAGCUGAAGCUUAUCAAGAUCUUCCAGCAGCAGAUUUUCAAGUUUUUCCUUGAUGGGACGACGUUGGAGGAGACCUAUGCUGCGGUAGCGAAGGUGGCGGACAAGUGGCUGGACGUACUGGAUUCGAGGGGCUCUACGAUGGCAGAUCAGGAACUCAUUGAUCUCAUUUGCGAGAAUAAGAGUAUGGCCAAGACGUUGGAGGAGUAUGGUGCGCAGAAGAGUACUGCUAUCACGACCGCGAAGAGGCUGGCCGAGUUUCUGGGCGAGCAGAUGGUGAAGGAUAAAGGUCUGAAUUGCAAGUAUAUCAUCUCUUCACGGCCGAAGAAUGCUCCUGUGACCGAAAGAGCUAUCCCAGUUGCGAUCUUCAGCUCGGAGGAGAGUGUAAAGCGCUACUACCUUCGCAAAUGGAUGAAGGAGGACCCAGGUGACAUGGAUCCACGCAGUGUCAUUGACUGGGGCUACUACCUCGAACGCCUAGGCUCCGUGAUCCAGAAACUCAUCACGAUUCCUGCGGCGCUGCAGAAAGUCAAGAACCCGGUCCCCCGAGUUGCGCACCCCGACUGGUUACUCAAGAGGAUCCGCACAAAGGAGGACGUGUUGCAGCAAGUGAAAAUGACAGAUAUGUUUGCUAAGAAACCCUUGGCCGAACGGGACCCUAAUACUGUCUCGCCACGGCUCGGAGGCGGAGGGAUGGAUAUGGAGGACUUCGGUGCUGUGUCCAUGGCGAAAUUGGUCAAGCCAGGUGUGGCUGCCAAAAUUGUGCAGCAGCAGGACGCUCGAAGCUCGCAGAAAAGGAAGGCUGUUGAGGCUAGUGCGGCGUCGGCGAACCCGUACGAUGGGUUGCCGUCUGUUAUGCCGAAUAUUAGUGAGGACUAUCAGGGGUGGCUGCGGUACCAGAAGCAGAAGUGGAAGAUCCAGAAGGCGGCGAGGAAGAGGCGGCGGCAGUUGUUUGGAGAGAAGAGGACGGAUGCUACGGACGCCAUUGGUACGUUUUUCCGGCAGCAGGCUGAGCUUGUCUACACUUCGGACUGGCAGAUCCUGCAGCUGAGGCAGACGGAGACCGCGGGUGAGGUGAGGGCAUUUGUGCUUAUUGAUCGGAAGAUCCAUUCGCUGAAGGUUGUUGUGCCGAGGACUGUAUGGCUGAAUUUGAAGGAGGAUGAGCUGCCGGAUGUCGAUGUGCCUGGUGUUAGUGCCGAGAAAGUGAUCAACUGGACGCUGCCGAACGGACAUACGAGCACGCACUUGUUCAAGCUUACCAUGAGCGAACAAGUCUACGUGCAAGAAGCUGCGAAACUGAAAAUGCUUUUCGACCAUCCGAGCGUCGAAGGGGUGUACGAGAAAGAAGUACCGCUGGAUGUCCGAGCUAUGCUGGAGCUAGGCUGCGUCUGUACGUUCGAUGAAAGUCAGCGUGGUGUCCUUGGUAAAGGGCUGGAGCAAGGGUUCGAUCUCUCCAGUCUCCGGACAGUCCCUGCGAAACAGCCAUAUAUGGGUGCGAACGUAAUACAGUAUCUCGCGUUGUACCACAUCAGUGCUGGUGAUAGGCAGAUAUACGCUCUAUUCUCAACCAGCAGACCAGAAGUCAAAGUUGUUGUGUUGAAUCGCAAGGGCAGGAGCGAGGAGGGUAUGCCGAAUGUGGAUGCCAUAUAUGAAGCCGCCCUUCAGAGCAAGCUUGAAGAGAGCGGUGGCGAGCCAUGGCAGAAGGUCAUCGAGUACCAGGACUCGUUGCACUUCAAGCAUGUUCAGGUAACGACACAGCGACGAGCUCUGCAGGAACUGGGCGAUGCGAUCAAGAAGCUUCAGAAGGAAGACUCGAGUCCAACCAUGCUGGUUCUGCAGUCCGGUAGUGCGCAGAUGCUACUGCAUGAUCUGCCAAUUCUGCAGACCUAUCCCAGUCUGCGCCUCAAGGCUGAAGACCACGAUAAGGCGCUCCCUCCCCUCGGCUGGCAGAGUGUGGUUGCGAAGCGGCUGGUCAACCACUACCUCGAACUGGGUACCUGGAUCUCCCAUCUCCUUGAGUUUGCGCGGUACGGCAAUGUCCCGUUGUGUAACCUUGAGAAGGACGAUCCGCGAUUCUUGAUCGAUAUAACUUACGCACGUCGCUUGCAGAAAGAGCGUGUGGUGUUAUGGUGGUCAGACGGCGCAAGACCAGAUCACGCUGGUCACGAGAAGGACGAUAUCCUUAGCUCAAUUGAAGUCGUUGAUAUGCCGAGCGUCAACAAUCCAGGCACAUACUCCUCUGUUUGCAUCGACUUGAGCAUCAAGAAUCUAGCCAUUAACACGAUUCUCUCCGCGGCUGUGCUCAACGACGCAGAGGGCAGUGAUCCGGUCGGCGUAUCUGGUGCCGGUGCAAAGGAAGAUGCACUGGAUGAGACUGCACAGACUGUCGCCUCCGAGAACGCCUUCGCCGAAGCGGGUAUUGCUGCCCUUCGAGAAAUGCUUCGGGCAUGGUGGCACGAAGCCUGCACAGGUGGUGCCGGCAGUACGAUGGCUGAUGUGCUUGUGAUGCACUUGGUCCGAUGGGUUGAGAGCCCAUCGUCACAUCUCUUCGACCGAAAUCUGCUAUACUAUGUGCAGAUCAUGUCUCGGAAGGCCUUUCAGCAACUCAUGUCUGAAUUCAGACGAGUGGGAUCGCAUGUGGUAUUCGCCAAUGCUGGUCGCUUGCUGCUGCAGACGUCUAAAGCUGAGGUUGGGAACGCGUACGCCUACAGCCAGUACAUCUUGAAGACAAUCAGUACUAAGCCGGCCUUCCACUUCCUGGAUCUUGCUAUCACAGAGUACUGGGACUACCUGGUAUGGUACGAUGAGUUCAACUAUGGUGGAAAAGGAUGCACCGAGGUAGUCGAGGUCGAGAAGCAGCAGCUGGACACUAUCAUGCAUUGGCAGAUUGCGACAUUCUUGCCCGUGAUCCUGCAGCCGAAAUUCAAUGACUGGAUCGUGGAGUAUAUCGAGCUCAUGCACCAGCGGAAAAGACCAGUUGGCGCUGUCAAUGGCGUCUCGCGUCCAACACAGCUCCCCAUCCAUGCUUCUGUCUUCAACUCUGAGAAGGACGACCAGACUACCCCUGGCAACGUACUGGCAACGACUAUCUCAAAGCCUUUGCAAAAGCAGAUCGCUCAGCUGAUACGGCGACAGCGGACUGAGUCGAUGCAUGAAGAGCUGGUAGAAGAUUGGCGCUUCCCGACCAUGCCUGGCUCGCAUCUCAAUCUGCAAAAUCCUGUUCUUGAGCUGGUCAAGAGCAUUAUGCAGGUUCUAAGUUUGGACAAAACGAUCACGCUCGAAGCUCGCCUUCUACGGAAAGAAUUGCUGCAUCUUUUUGAGAUCCGCGAGUUCAGUGCCGACGGCGCCUUCGCGAACCCAAGCACGAGCCUGGUUGUAAAGCAGCUGAGUUGUGCCGAGUGCACGAUCCCACGAGAUAUCGAUCUAUGUCGUGACAGCGGCCUCGCGCUGGACGACGCACAGCAGCCUUUCUUGGUCGCGAAAUGCGACAAUUGUGGCGCUGUAUACGACCGUCUUGGUAUCGAGGAGAGGUUGCUUGGUGAAGUGCAGAAGAUGGUCGUGCAAUGGAUGACGCAAGAUUUGAAGUGUAAGAAGUGCUCGAGGAUGAGGACGAAUGACUUCAUGAACCAUUGUGCUUGUGCGGGAGAGUGGAUCACGACCGUGAAGAGGGAUGAGAUGGUGAGAACGUUACGUGUGCAUGAAAGGGUAGCGGCGUUUUAUCGAUUGCAGAUGUUGGAAAGGGUGCUGAGUAGCGUCAUGGCUGGUCUGUAA